GGCAGCCGAGAGGGCCGUCGCCGCCCCAGCGUGGGUCCGAGGCCCGCCACGCCCCGCCACACCCUCAGCGACGACCAGCACGCCGCCAUGACAUUGCCGUCGCCGUCACCGCCGUCAUCGUCAACGCCUUCGAGGACAUCGGCUGGCCUCUGCGGCAGUGCUGCCCCCCGUCCUGGUCCAGCCAAGUGACGACCCGCGGCGAUAGGCGAUGUUCGCGGCGGCGGGCGGCGCGUCGCUCGCAAAGCGCCAGGCCCGGAGGAACGUCCGCAACAAGCAGCACGCCCACACGCACGUCAACGUCGAGCUCCACCCGCACCCGCCCGUGCCGCGCGGCGCGCCCAGCCACCUCCAGGUGCAGCACCUGCAGCCGCGCUUCUCCACCGCGUCCGCGCACCACCUGUACCGCGCGCCCAGCCACCGCCGCCUGUCCUCGUACGCCGACCUCAAGGCCGACCUCAAUGGACGCAUUGUGGGAUUCGGCAGCAUUGAGCUCGCCGAGGGAAAGGCGGCAUGGCAAGAGCGCGAGAGGGAGCGAGACAGAGAGCGCGACCGGGAGCGGCGGAGCUCGGCCUGCGAGGCGGGCAUCAACCACCGCGUCAAGUCCACGGAGGCCCGCCGAAGAUGGAUGCGCCGGAACCGGAUCCACGACACGGCGUACGGCGGCUCCAGCUCGGACGAGGACGAGGUGCCGUUCCCCUUCGGCCACGAGAGCGCCGCGGCCAACGCGCUGCUCUACGUGGGGCUGGGCACGGUGGCCGUCGGCAUGGUGAUCGCCUUCGUGGGCACGGGCGAGAAGGGCUUCAAGACGCUCGAGCUGCGCCUCAUCGGACCCACGCUCAUCGCCGGCGGCGUCCUCUGCUGCCUGCUCAGGGUCAUGCUGUGCGUCUGCCCUUCCAGGUGUUUGUUGAAGCGCUUCCGGCAGCGCAGCCGCCACAAGAAGCAGGUGCUUGCGCUGGAGGCGGCCGGCCGCAUCGCCAUGGGGCCCAUGGGGCGCAACAUGCCGCCGCGCCACUCCAGCCACGCCGGCCACGCGCACAAGGGCCAGUCCAGGCCGUCGUCGCGCGCCUCCAGGCCCGGCUCCAGGACGGGCUCCAGGACCUGCUCCAGGACGGGAUCCAGGCUGUCCAGGACCCAGUCCGAGCUCAUUAGGAGUCCGUCCGACCCCAACGACCCGUCGGUGUCCGGAGGGGCCCGCGGCAAGAAGCGCGUGUCCAUCGCCAGUGGCUGCGGCCCCUGCGGCCCCGGCGUCGCGGGCGGCUCGGGGGUGGGCGCUGGCGUCCACCGGCCCGGCUCCGGCGUGCCGGCGUCGCAGUCUUCCCAGGUGCUGGCCGCCACGUCCCUGUUCCUGCAGAACGAGCAGCAGGCCUCGCGGUCGGGCUCGGGCCGCGCCGGCCUGGGCUUCACGGUGCCCUCCAUCAACCUGCCGUCGUUGCCGUCGCUCGUGCGCGGCCGCUCCGAGGACCUCGGCGAGGGCUACGUCGCCAGCAGCGUCCGCCGGCUAAGCCAGUCCUCGAAGCGGCUGGGUUCGACAGGGGAUCUGCCGCUGCUGUCCGCGGUGGACAUCGACGGCGACCUGGACGACCUCGACGGCGCCUACUCCUACAACUCGGGCUUCAGUCCCGACGACGCCCAGCCGGGCCCUAGUUACGCGGCGCCAAGCACGUCGCACGUGCACGUGCACGCCCCCCACUCCAUAAUCGUCACCUCCCCCACGCCGUCCUCCUCGCCGCGCCCGCCCCGGCCCAGCACCGCCCGCCCCGCCCCCGCCCUUUCAAAUUCAUCAUUCAUAUCUUCUGAGUUCACUGUAAGAACUGCCAAGGCAUUAAACAUUUCUCCUUGGAUGUUAAUCAGUGGUAAAGCUCUAAAUCUUGACUCGAACUUACAAACCGAACUAACAAAAAUUAUGAAUAAUACAACAAAUUUUAUUGCUGAAUACAAUGCUAAUACAACUCAAAACUACUUGCUGCAAUAA